CGCACGCGGCUCAAGCGGGGGAGGAGCCGCAGCGCCCGGCCUCUGCCUGCGGUAUGUCUCACCCGUGUCCGGACCCUAAGUCUGCCAACCCCACCAACCCGCGGGUCUUCUUCGAUGUCGACGUCGGGGGCGAGCGAGCUGGUCGAAUUGUCUUUGAAUUAUUUGCUGAUAUUGUACCUAAAACUGCUGAAAACUUCCGUGCACUGUGCACAGGGGAAAAAGGACUAGGACUUACUACUGGAAAACCUCUUCAUUAUAAAGGAUGCCCCUUUCACAGAAUUAUAAAGAAAUUCAUGAUCCAGGGCGGAGACUUCUCAAAUCACAAUGGCACUGGUGGAGAAAGCAUAUAUGGUGAAAAAUUUGAAGAUGAAAACUUUCAUUACAAGCAUGAUAAGGCAGGGCUGCUGAGCAUGGCAAAUGCAGGACCCAAUACAAAUGGCUCCCAAUUCUUCAUCACAACAGUGCCAACUCCUCACCUGGAUGGGAAGCAUGUGGUGUUUGGCCAAGUGAUCAAAGGAAUGGGUGUUGUUAAACUACUAGAAAAUGUUGAAGUGAAUGGAGAAAAUCCUGCUAAGUUGUGCAUUAUUGCAGAAUGUGGAGAGCUGAAGGAAGGAGACAACUGGGGAAUUUUACCAGUGGAUGGUUCUGGAGAUAUCCAUCCAGACUUUCCUGAGGAUUCAGAAACAGACUUCAGAGAGGUGGACAAGAUUGUGUCAAUAGCAGAAGACAUAAAGAACAUAGGAAACACUUUCUUCAAAUCUCAGAAUUGGGCAAUGGCAGCUAAAAAGUAUAACAAAGGUUUAAGGUACCUGGAGGCCUCUGAAGCUGUGAUAGAAGAAGUGGAUAAAGCAAAAUUGAAGACUCCAGCUUUGACCUGCAUCUUAAAUGUUGCUGCGUGUAAACUGAAACAGUCAGAUUGGCAGGGAACCAUUGAAAAUUGUUCUGAGGCUCUUGCAAUAGAUCCAGAAAACACAAAAGCUCUUUACAGACGAGCUCAAGCCUGGCAGGGAAUAAAAGAUUUUGAUCAAGCUCUGGCUGAUAUUAAGAAGGCUCAGGAGAUAGCACCUGAAGAUAAAGCUAUCCAAACUGAAAUUCUGAAGAUCAAACAAAAAAUAAAGGCCCAGAAAGAUAAAGAAAAGGCAGCUUAUGCUAAAAUGUUUACCUGAAUGGAUGUUUUGUCCUGUUAGUCAUUGGAAGUAAAGCUAAGCAGAUCUGCAGCCAUCCAUGACUUCUGCCUUGUACUGCAGUACAGAUGUUGUAGGAAUACUAUCUUAUUUUCAAUGUUUACAGUUUAAACCAAGUUUCAUAAUAAAGUCAUUCAGUCUGAAAGUGAA